AUGAGAUCUUUCGCGCUUCUACUCCUUUUCUCUCUUACCAUCUCCGUCGUCAUCUCGGCUAAUACCACGGUUGAUUUUUCGUACUCUGGCCCCACGGGACCUUUGUUUUGGGAUACCCUUCCUGGUUCCAGCGAGAUAUGUCGUGUUGGCAAACAUCAAUCGCCUAUCGACAUCUCGUUAGAAGGAUUCACGAACACCGGAAAAUGUGCCGACCAUAAAAAGGAAAAAGUCUUAAAAGUCAAGUUUCACGAUGCACAUAAUGUUGAGGCCACAAACACCGGUAAUACCGUCGAGAUAUCGAAGGAAGGAGGUUUGCCAGCAAAUCUGACUUUAAAAAGUGGAAAAUAUGAACUGGCUCAAUUUCACUUUCAUACUCCUUCUGAACAUCGUGUGGGUGGCGUGCAUUCUGAUGUGGAAGCCCACUUCGUGUUCAAGACCAAAGAAGCGAAUCCAAAGAUUUCCGUCGUUGCCGUGUUCUACAAUGUGGGUAAGGAGGAGAACAAAUUCCUGAAGCCCAUCAUUGAAACUCUUCCCUUAAAAGAAAAGGAGAGCAAAGAUAUAGACUUCAUCAAACUAUCGUCGGUACUGUCAGAUAUUAACUUUCUAGAUGGGGCAUACACUUACUCUGGAAGUCUGACAACCCCACCAUGCACUGAGGGUGUCACCUGGUGGGUGAGCAAGCCUGCGCAAACGCUCUCCAGUUGUCAAUUCCACUCGCUGAGGGAAGUCACCGGAUUUAACUCCCGCUUCACACAACUCCGAUCCGAUGUUUGUUGA